AUGUCCACCUGGAACGCUGAAGACUAUCGCAACCGCCCCGUCACCAUCCUGGGCGGUGGCGUCCUCGGCCGUCGCAUAGCCUGCGUCUGGUCCUCGGCUGGCUACGCCACCCGCAUCUUCGACCCCAGCCCCGACCAGCGACAAGCAGCAAUAAUGUACAUCACCGAAAACGCGUCCACCUACGCCCAACGCACCUACGCCCAACCAAGCAAUGAUAUCCAGGCAUUCGACAACCUGGGCGAUGCAGUCUCAACAGCCUGGCUAGUCAUCGAAGCCGUUCCUGAGAAACUAGCUCUCAAGAUCGACACCUUCGCCGAACUAGCAACCCUCGCCCCGAAAGACUGCAUCCUAGCAUCAAACUCCUCCUCCUACAAAACAUCCGAAAUGCUUGACAAAAUCCCCGCAGAGGCAGAAGCUAGAUCCCGAAUCCUAAACACGCACUACUACAUGCCCCCCGGGAACAUGAUUGUCGAGCUCAUGACGGAUGGCCACACGAGUGCGUCUAUCUUCCCGUUCCUUGUUGAGCGGAGCAAAGAGGCUGCGUUGGUCCCGUAUGUUGCGAGGAAGGAGUCGACGGGAUUUAUUUUUAAUAGGCUCUGGGCUGCUGUGAAGAGAGAGGCGUUGAUGAUUUUGGCGGAGGGGGUUUCGGAGCCGAGCGAGAUUGAUGAUAUGUGGAAGAGGAUGUUUGUGGAGGGGGGUGCUGUGCCUUGUGCGAUGAUGGAUAAUGUCGGUCUUGAUACGGUUGCGUUUAUCGAGGAGCAUUAUGUCAAGGAGCGGGGCCUUUCUGGGGAGAAGACUGUUGGUUUUCUGAGGGAGAAUUACCUGGAGAAGGGGCGGUUUGGGUCGAAGUGUGAGAAGGGAGGUUUGUAUCCUCCUAAACAGUAA